GGCAGCUUUAUUGCCACCUCCAAAAAACGAGAAGGCAGCCAUGUCGGAAUCUGAAGCAGAGCAAGUCCGCAUCCUCUCCCGCCACACAAUCCGCCCAUCCCCACCACCCCCCGCCGCCGCCGUCGCCGCGAAAUCACGCAUCCGCCAAAUCCAUCUGAACCAAUGGGAUCUCCACCUCCUCUCCAACAACUACAUCCAAAAGGGCCUCCUUUUCCCUCCACCAAUCCCCGACCAAAACCUCCUCAUCCCCCUCCUCCUCUCCUCCUUCUCCCAAGCCCUCAACCUCUUCUACCCCUUCGCCGGCCGCCUCUCCACCACCCGCCACCCCACCUACUCCAUUUCCAUCCACGCCAACGACGCCGGCGCCGAAUUCAUCCACUCCUCCGCCCCUCACCUCACAUCCUCCGACUUCACCUCCUCCCUCUUCAUCCCCCCAGCCGUCAGAUCCCUCUUCCCGCUCGACAACCUCGUAAACCACGACGGGCAUACCUUUCCCCUGCUGGCCGCGCAGGCCAAUAUCCUCGCCGACGGGUCUUUGUUUCUUGCCUGCUCGCUGAAUCACGCGGUGGCGGAUGGGGCGUCGUUUUGGCAUUUCAUUAAUACGUGGUCGGCGCUGACUCGGUCGGGCGGUGCGAGUAUUGGUGAUGCUGGGCCGCCGGUGAUUCAGCACUGGUUUCAUCCGUCCACUCCACCUCCGAUCGGGCUUCCGUUCCGAAAUGAAGCUGAGUUUAUUGUUCGUGAUCCACUUCCGGCGACGAGGGAGUGUUUCUUCCAUUUCUCCGGCGGGGCCGUGGCGCGGCUCAAGGAUAAAGCUAACCGGGAGAUGGGUGUUACCAGGAUCUCCUCGCUGCAGGCUUUGCUCGCCCACAUGUGGCGCGCGACCACCCGUGCAAGAGGACUCAAGCCAGACAUAGAGACCACCUACGUGGUGAUUGUCGGCCACCGCCACCGCGUCACUCCACCACUCCCAAAAACCUAUAUGGGCAACACCGCGAUUGGUGUUCCGGCGACGGCUCGGGCCGGCGAACUUGCUGAAAACGGGUUGGGUUGGGCGGCAUUACAGCUGAACAAGGUAGUGGCUUUCGCGACGGAGGAAAAUGCAAUAAGAUGGUUGGAAAAUUGGGCGAAGAGACCGCAGAUGAUGAAGAUAAAGAAGCUCCAUGGAACGUGUCUGCUUACGGGGAGCUCGCCGAGGUUUGAUGUGUUUGGGAACGAUUUCGGGUGGGGGCGGCCGGCGGAGGUGAGGAGCGGCAGUGGGAGUAAGUUGGACGGGAAGGUGACGGUUUAUGAAGGGAAGGAGGGGGGAGGGAGCAUGGCUUUGGAAGUUUGCUUGUCGGCGGCGGCGCUUAAUGCUUUGGUUGUGGAUGAGGAAUUUAUGGAGGCUGUGGGGUUGGCGACUGGCUAAUUUUUGAAUUUAAGGAAGCGAGGCUUGAAGUGAACAAAUAAAUUUUAUG